CCUGACGCCGUGCUCGUGCUCGUGUUUGGAUGCUGCGGGAGCGCGGCGCUGUGGAUGCUCACGGGAACGCGCCUUUGUUUUGCUGGAGUAUUUCUUUCUUUCUUCGUGUUUCAGUUUAUUUCUACACAAUGUGUGCUUUGUUAUGUCUCUGAGUGAGAACACGCGGAAUCGGUUCGGUUCGGAUGUUUGUUUAAAAGCGGAUUUUCAUCACAGUGACAUUGCGGAUUCACUACAGCAGAAUCAGGGUUGCCAGAGGUUGCAGAUACACGUUUAAGUGUUAUUAUUAAUGUCACGGCGUUAAUGUAGAUGUGUGUAGUGUGUAUAUAACGUGUGUAUAGAGUGUGUAUAGAGUGUGUUGUGAGUUUGUGCGUUAUAAAUCUCAGAUACAGAUUGAGGUGUAAGUGUGUUAACUUUAAUUUGAUUAUUCUGGUAAUUUUCCAGUGUAAAGGAACAGUAAUUAUUAUUCAGACAUAUCGAACGUGUUCGGUUCUUUAUCGCUCUGGUUUAUAAUCAUCAGAGAAUUUUAGAUUUCAGGAUUGAAAGGUGGAUAAUCAUCCUGUAAACCUGGCAACCUCGAACCAGGCGGAGAGAAGAUGUCGGAGAGCGCGAGACACGCAGAGACCGGAAGUACAGCUAAAGUGAUGGCAUCACCAGUUUUUGAGAAGAAGCAUCAGAGAAAUGGUCGCUCCGCCCCAGCUCACCAAUCAGCCAAUCAGAGCAGUCCAACUGCUGGUAAUCAGACUGAAAUCUUGACUCCACCCUCUGUGUCAGAGAAAAAGCCUGUGACCAAUGGGAAUGCUUCACCUGUCCGUCUCCCUGACAACAGCAACCAGACAGGUAACAAGUGUGUGGAGUCGCUACUCAAAACAGACGACAGGAUGCGACUGGCCCGGGAGAGACGAGAGGAGAGAGAGAGGGGUCUGGCGAUGAGGGAGCAGGCUCUGUUGGAGAAGGAGCGUCGCGCUCGUCUGCAGUAUGAAAGAACGAGGGAGGAGAGGUGGAGGCGUCUGGAGGAGCAGAGGCAGAAGGAGGAGCAGCGCAGAGCUGCUGUGGAGGAGAAAAGGAGGCACCAGCUGGAGGAGGAAAAGGAGCGUCUGGAGGCUUUAAUGAGAAAAUCAUUGGAGCGAAGUCUUCAACUGGAGAACAGAAACAAACGCGGGACCUAUGGGAUGACCGGACAGAGCGACUAUACCCUCCCCCAUGACCUCAUCGCCUCCUCUCCUCCUACCAACGAAUUAGGCAACGUCCAACAUAGUCAAAUGACAUCUGUGGAUAACCUGACACUUCACCGUCUCUGUACGCACACACACUCCUCACUGGCUCGCUGCAACAGUGAUGCUGAGCUGUGUGUGCCCUGCCCACGGCACACAGUUCCCUCCAGUCCUCACAGGUCACUGUACUGUGCUUCACCCAGCCGUCACCGUGCCAACACUGUUGCCUUGGAGAUGGGCAGGGCAAAUUCAGUGCCAAAUACCCCAAAGAAGAAGAAGUUGCACACAGAGAGAAGGACCCCAGCUGGAUCACCUGUUAGACGAGCUGAAUCUCCUGCUGAUGUAAUCCGGCGUGCGGUCUCACCAAAGUUUAGUCCUACACACACACACAGUCGUAAUCAGGCUCCAGUUCCUCGGCGUCAUUACACUCCGUCCCCUCUGAGACCCCCCACAAUCCUCACUGAUGACAAGGUCAGCGCUAACAGGCAAGCACAGGAGGGCAAAGGUCAUGACCCUGCAGAUACAAAGCUACUGACUGAGAUGAAGGUCAGUGUAGAAGAUGUGAAGAGAAGCUGUGAAGCCCAGAGCCCCAAAGCUACAGACAGUAACACAGACCGGUCUGCUUUCACCUCUGGGAAGGCUGUUGCCAGGACAACGCACGGGGACGAGGGGUCUCAUAUUUUGGCAGAACAACAGCGUCUCAGUCACAUACAGAAGGAGCGUGAGGAAAAGGACAGACUGAAAGCUGAGCAGCAGAAGAAGAACCAGGAGGACAUGAAAGAAAAGAAGAGAAAAGCAGAUGAAGAGAAGGAGUUGCAGGAGAAACAGGAAGUGGAGAGAGAGCUGAUAAAGCAGCAGGAAGAACAAGAGCGUCAGCAGAGGAAAAAGAGAAUUGAGGAGAUCAUGAAGAGGACACGGAAGAGGGAUGGAGAAUUAAAGAGAGACGACAGUCAGGAGCUUCAUUCCCCUCCAUCUAACACACACUCACACACUCCGCCCGUACUGCACAACACUCCGGCAUCAAACCCACCUGAUCGUAGAGGAACGGCUCCAAACGUGGAGAUUGGGCCUGUGACACCUCAGAGAAGCUCACCUAUGAGAGAGGAACAGAGCACUCAGAACAGUUCAUCAGAGAAGCUACAGAUGAAGAGUCCAACCUCACAACAGGUGAACAGCCAGGUGAAGAGUCCAACCUCACAACAGGAGAACAGCCAGAUGAAGAGUCCAACCUCACAACAGGUGAAGAGUCCGACCUCACAACAGGUGAACAGCCAGGUGAAGAGUCCAACCUCACAACAGGAAAACAGCCAGGUGAAGAGUCCAACCUCACAACAGGUGAAGAGUCCAACCUCACAACAGGUGAAGAGUCCGACCUCACAACAGGUGAACAGCCAGGUGAAGAGUCCAACCUCACAACAGAUGAACAGCCAGGUGAAGAGUCCAACCUCACAACAGGUGAACAGCCAGAUGAAAAGUCCAACCUCACAACAGAUGAACAGCCAGAUGAAGAGUCCAACCUCACAACAGGAGAACAGCCAGGUGAAGAGUCCAACCUCACAACAGGUGAAGAGUCCAACCUCACAACAGAUGAACAGCCAGGUGAAGAGUCCAACCUCACAACAGGAGAACAGCCAGAUGAAGAGUCCAACCUCACAACAGGUGAAGAGUCCAACCUCACAACAGGUGAAGAGUCCGACCUCACAACAGGUGAAGAGUCCGACCUCACAACAGGUGAACAGCCAGGUGAAGAGUCCAACCUCACAACAGAUGAACAGCCAGGUGAAGAGUCCAACCUCACAACAGGAGAACAGCCAGAUGAAGAGUCCAACCUCACAACAGGUGAAGAGUCCAACCUCACAACAGGUGAAGAGUCCAACCUCACAACAGGAGAACAGCCAGGUGAAGAGUCCAACCUCACAACAGGUGAAGAGUCCGACCUCACAACAGGUGAAGAGUCCGACCUCACAACAGGUGAACAGCCAGGUGAAGAGUCCAACCUCACAACAGAUGAACAGCCAGGUGAAAAGUCCAACCUCACAACAGAUGAACAGCCAGAUGAAAAGUCCAACCUCACAACAGAUGAACAGCCAGGUGAAGAGUCCAACCUCACAACAGGAGAACAGCCAGGUGAAGAGUCCAACCUCACAACAGGUGAAGAGACCAACCUCACAACAGGUGAAGAGUCCAACCUCACAACAGGUGAAGAGUCCAACCUCACAACAGGUGAACAGCCAGAUGAAAAAUCCAACUUCACAACAGAUGAACAGCCAGGUGAAGAGUCCAAACUCACAACAGAUGAACAGCCAGAUGAAAAGUCCAACCUCACAACAGAUGAACAGCCAGGUGAAGAGUCCAACCUCACAACAGAUGAACAGCCAGGUGAAGAGUCCAACCUCACAACAGGUGGACAGCCAGGUGAAGAGUCCAACCUCACAACAGAUGAACAGCCAGGUGAAGAGUCUAACCUCCUACCAAGUGAACAGUCAGAUGAAGAGUGAGCAAGUGAAUGGCCAGGCGAGCUCACAGGUGAAAUCAACCAUGACACCAUCACAAGUGACAUCAAAGAAGACAUCAGAAAGCUCCUUUCCCCUCAGCCCAUUACCUCAUUCACAGUUCCCACCAACUCUCAGUGCCCUGGAGUAUCUGGAGAAAGGGGACAGGGCAAGAAGGGAGUCGGCUGAUGCAGUGCAAUCGAUGGAGUUCAGUCCCGAAAGUUGUGAACAGCACACGAGUGUUGGAGGACCUGCUGGAUCUGACUGGUCAUGUGACGUAUCCCAUAAUGCAGUACAGCACCACACACGGAGACUGCAACAAAAAUGUCAUUGAGCCAAAACAGACAUCUAACACACUGAACAUGAGAAGCAGAAAGGAGUGAGAGGUGAACAUACACACAUUUACAUACUUACAUACACACACAUGUACAGUUACACAAAAACACACGCUUAUCAAGCUGGUGUAAGGCUAACAGACCUGGCUGGCUAGUGUUAGUCACUCUGUUCACUUCUCUAUAAGAGUAAAUUGUCUAUAAACUCUAGUACACUAUUGUCAUAUAAUGUGAUUAAAAACCCUUUCUGUUGCAGAAUGAGGUGCAGAUUUGGCCUAGUGUGUAAAUAACUGUACAUUUAUACAGUAUACAUGUAAAAUGUUUUGAAAAUUACAGCUGUCCUAAGCACAUGAAGGAUAAAUGAAACUUUAAAAAACACAAGAGAAAAGAUGUGAGAUGUGGAUUACAUCAUUACCCUGUAGUAGAUAGUGUGUUAGCCUUAACAAUUAACUAGAGCUGCUGUAAACUGAACUGGACAGUAUUUAUGCUAAUACGCUAGGAUUUCCUGCACUGCAUUGGUUUCAUGUUCAACACACUGUACGAUUAUUGUGUAGUGCUUAGUUUGGACAAUUGUACAGCAUUAAAUGUGCAUUUAGCCUGAGUUAGCCAGUGAGCUAGCUGUAUUAGCAAGCACGUUCUUUGCCUCAAGAGCUAAUUCAACAUAAAAAUGUUGAGCUGUUCUUGUAAUAGAGUAGAGAAUCUAGAGAUAAUAAACAUUAAUAAAGAUUAUGGGGCUUUUAAUCGAGUUUAAAAAUCAGCAGGUAACUCUCCUGGUAACGCUGUGUUGUAUUUAGCGGUGAUUAGUAGGUCUGCAUUAGUAUGAAAAUGCUAUUCUGCCUUGUGAACUUGAUGCUUUUACUAAAACUCCUGAUGCACGAGCUCACUGUGCUGUUUCAUGCAGAAAUCUAAUUAUCCCAUGACCUUGUGGCUAGAAGUCCCACAUUCUCCAUUACAUUCUCCACUGUAAUGUACUAAAUACGAGUUCAAAUCCAGCUCACUUUUUCUCAGACAGAAAUCAGACCCAUGUCAUUGCUGUGGACUGAAGAUGGUGUUACUGUGUGAUGACACUGCAAAGUGUUUUAUUCAAACCUGGAUUCAUCUUCAUCCUGAGUGAACAAGCUGCAUGAAGCCUGAAUGCCAUGUUAUGUUUAUUAAUAAUAAUAAAAACCUUAUAAAAUUACAAA